AACCCUUGACCCUCUAAUCAGUAACCCAGAGCCUGGCAGGGCUGGGGCUUGAACCCCCGACCUUCCGAUCAGUAACCUAGAGCCUGGCAGGGCUGGGGCUUGAACCCCCGUCCUUCCAAUCAGUGACUCAGAGCUUUAACGACCAAGUCAAACCACUGCCCCAGAUACUCACGAUACAAACAUAUCUAUAGAAAACUGAAGGACAUGAAAAUGUUUUCUGUUAAAUGCCGUAGGAAUCACUUUUCAGGUACUAAAAUACUGAAUAAAUUGGUCUGCAUUGUAACACCAACACCUCUACUUUUCAGAAAAAGAAUCAUUGAUUAUGUUAGUGGUGAUGUUUAAAUCUUCGAGAGUUGGAGUAAGUAGUGCUGUUUGAUGUCUCAUGUCUGUUUCCUGUUCUGUGUCCGUGUGAAAGCCGAUAAAGAUCCCAGUUCCAGGCUGGGGAUCUAAAGUCCUUCAGUUCAGGAAAUGAGAAGGAAAACAAUGACGUAAGCGUGCAGAUGUUUGUCUCUUAAAUCAGAGAUGUAAUCAUGAGAUGGAGUGUCUGUCACCGUCACCAUCAGAAAGUUUAUUCUUCUCAGUAGUUAGAAUAAAUAACUUUUACCCUCUUGUUAUAAUCUAUAUUUUCCUGAUUGCACUGAUGUUGAUGGACGUUGUGUAACUUUUCGAAUUCUUUUUUUUUUUUUAAACUUCUGCUUUAGUGAAAGUUGUAAAUUCUUAAUACAAGGUUGCACCAGCUUUAAAAUGUUACAUUUUCUUCUUUUGUUCAGUUUCUAAGCUGUGAAUAAAAGCCACCUUUCAUUUCGAUAUAGGAUUAGAUUACUGAAUAUCCAGAAACCCAGCACCAAGUAGUGUUGCCAGGGUUUUUCCAUGGACAUGAGCAGCUUUUGAAUAUAUAGAUUUUUUUUUUCGCUGGAAGAUGGAGGUUGGAUGCUGGGCAUACAUUCGAUGAAUUAUGUCUUUUAAAUCAUUAAGUUCUACUUUCAGAUCAAUUACUUGUACAUAAUUUUCUGCCAUGCUACUGUAUAAUACUAAAUGCAUGUUUGUUUUUGUUUUUAGUUCUGUCUGCUUAAUUACUGACUUACUGUCACAUUUGUACACUAAUACUCUACACCCUGAGCAAAAAUAACUGCUAUUUAUUAUGUAAGGUAUAGAACACUUGGGGUAUACCGAUAUAGAAAAAGAAUCAUCGAUGGGGUGGUGUGAAGUAAUCCGAAGCAAAGAGUGAUGAGCCAGCGAUGACACUUUUUAAAAAUUAUUAUUGUUAUUAUUAAAGAAUGACCCAUGUUCCACGUGAUUUAAAAAAAUUUUUUUUUUUAUCAGUUUCUAGUUACAUCCAAUAUUGUGGAACAACUAGGAAAUGGCGACGUUCCUGUUAUCACAUGUUGUAACAGCUGUUCUCUCACCAGCCUCUCUUGUUUUUUUUUUUCCUAUUGAAAAACAAAAUGUAGCUUGUCAUGCUACAGAGAAACCAGAAAAUGCUAAAUCCUGAAGGCUUUCACAUGAAAGAUAAGUUACUGACCGUACAAAAAUGCGAACCACUGAGACACCUUCCAUAAAUGCUAAAGAAAUAUCUCCUUAGAUAAAACUUCACUGUAUGAAUGAUAUACACCUUUCUUGGUUAAAUAACGUGUUUUUAUUAUUAGUUAUUAUUAGAAUAUAUGGAGCGGCCAUCAUACAAUCGCUGUGAACUCCUUGGUGCUCAUUGGAAGCUCCUUGGCGUUAAGGGAAACUGCGUGUUGAUAGUUUUAUUUAUUUAUUUAGAAAUAAAUUGUAUGGCAGUUUAAAAUAUUACAUUACAUUUGGCAAUAGACUUCAGUAACCUUUAUUUAAUAGUUAUUGACCUGCUGUUGUGUCUCUCUCUCUCUCUCUCUCUCUCUCCCUCUCUCUCACUCACGCACACACUUUAGGCAACUUUGUCAGCAACCAAUAAAGGCUACAUGUUCAAGCUGAUCUAACUUUGUGGAGGAUCUAAAGGCUCAGUUUUUAAGGUGUCUGCCACCCACAGUCCACUUAGUCAUACAAGGAGCUCUGUGUUUUCUCUGCUGAUGUGGGCAUUUCAGGUUAAUCAGCUUAGCUUUUCUCGUCUGUGGCCAAUACAGUGCUUUAACAAGGCAUUUCUGUCACUUUACCCAUGUGAAAAGAUAGACCAAUAUCCUCAGGUCUACACUGAGCUACUCACCUAGGUGUCCCUUCUCAUGGGGAUCUAAGCUAUAAAUAAUAAUAAAGCUAUUGAAAAUGAGUGAAUGGUGGGAAUCUAGUUGGAGGUGGUGUUCAGCAAGCAUCCAUUGGGUCACCAAUAUGAAAGAUUCAUACUGCAUCAAACAGGUUCACUUUCAUUUUAAUUUAGCCCACAAUAGUAAUGAGAGCGUUGACCUGCUAUUUAUUACAAUAUAUAGGGUUUGAGACAGAGCUGCAGAAUGGCCCAUCUAACAGCUGAAAACUCAUAUCCACUCAAGGUGACAUGGUGGAGUAUACAUCAGCACAAACCUAGAGUGCUGUGUAUCUUUGUGGCUAGAACAGCGCUUUAUCUACUUCACCACAUGGAAUUUGUUUAGCGUGAGACUCGACCAGACAUUUUAACAUUUGGUCGAAAUGGACAAAAGCCGGACACCUGGUAACACUAGCAAUGUAUGUUCUAAAAGUUUAAAUGUAACCCUCGCAACUGGACAUUAACAAUAUUAAUGGCUGAAGUGGUUACACAAUUAGUCAUGGCAAUGUUUCUGUUAUGUAGUGAUUCAUAAGCCACAGUGGGUGAAAACCUUCGGUGAUAAACAGAUUUUAUACACAAUGCACCAUUGGUGAGUGAGACAGCAUGUGCAGCCAUGACUCAUUCACCCAUUAUUCAUUUUGUUCAUUUAGUCAUUGCUUAGUAAUUGGGAAUUUAUUAUUCAGUACAUAAUAUUAAAUAUUUGUUUAACCAGACUGGACACACUGUUCCUUUUCAUCGCAAGCGGACACUUGGUUUGGUUUAAAAUUCACUCAGCUUUCAGCUUUCACACAUUGUUUCUCUUUUUUUUUUUUCUUCUGUAGACUCAUUGCACACUUGAUGUCAUGUCGUGCAGCAUCUGUGGUCACUGGUCACAGCGAAUAAUGGGGAAUAGUGCUGUUCUGUUUUAUGCCAUGGUCUUAUGUAAUGCUUCAGAAUUGACAUUUUGAAGAAACAAAUCGAGAUUUAAAAUUUUAAUGAUUGUGCAGUCCUCAAUGCAGGCCAAUUUCUUUUCCAUUAGUAGUUAAAUAUGGAGUGAACCAUUAUGUUGUGCACAAUUUUGGAAUAUUUGGAUGUUGGUCAAAGUAUUCAAUGCAUAGAUAUUGUAGUGACUAUCCUUAAACAAAUAGUCCGUUUUAGUCACUUCUUGGGUCUGCUGAGUGUUGUAGACUCUUCCAUUGUCCACAAAGAUUAAGUUGAGUUCUAUACUGUUCAUUAACUUCUUCAUGUUGCAAAUAAAAUUGAAAGAAAUAAAUGCAGUGUUUGCCAAAGAACUACACACAAACAAGCCAGCACACAAACAAAGAUGAAGGUCUAAAGACUGUGUGCUCCCAGCAGGCCACCACUCAACAAGCAACAAGGCAUCACCUCACCUGCAGAGGGCACAUAACUAUACAAAUACAAGUCAUAAUACAAAAAAUGUAUAAAUGGCUCCUACAGAAAUGAAUUGCACACAAACUGAUCAUAUGUGAUCUGGACUUUUUUUUUUUUUUUAGUAUUUAAGAAUAGUAUGUGUGACGAAUAACCAACGAGAAUGGUGUUUAAGUUCUUCUGGGUGCAUUUGAAACGUUAGUUAAUCAGUUGUACCGCUGGUGAUGUGUCUCCGAUCAGCAUGUCUCCUAUUAGUCAGUCCCAGUUCAUCCCGCUGGGGGACAUCCUAUGCCUGGCCAUCUCAGCCAUGAACUCCGCACGCAAGACCGUCACACAGGAGACCCUCAUCGAGCAUCUCUCUACAUGCUUCCCAGGAGUCCCAACUCCAAGCCUUGAGGUCCUGCGACAUACCCUCAACAUGCUGGUCCGGGAGCGCAAAAUUUAUCCAACUCCAGAGGGCUAUUUUAUUGUUACCCCACAGACAUACUUCAUCACACCCUCCCUCAUUCACACCAAUAGCAAGUGGUAUCAUCUGGAUGAGAGGAUACCAGGGGGUAUGCAGCCAUGCUCCUCCCCUCCCACUGGCACCAUGCCACCCUCUGCCUCAGGCUGUGUCAGGGAACGAUCACACCAUAAAAACCACGCUGACCCCUACAGCGAUAGCUACCGCGACGAUAUGCCCAAUACGCACAACUCCACACUGCAGAGAAGGUCCAAGGAGCAUAAGGAACCCCCACACCCAGUGUCUCCUCCUCCUCCUCAGCAGUCCUCAGAGAAGAACAAAAGUGCACUCAGCUUUGCUUUCAAGACAGAAGGUAGCAACAGCAAGCAGAGGGAUGGGAGUAGCAGCGGUGGUGGCAGCGAGAAGCAAUCAAAGAAGUUUGGCCUGAAGCUCUUCAGGCUGAGUUUCAAGAAGGACAAGUCGAAGCAUCUCGCUACAUUCUCUGCCCAGUUUCCUCCUGAGGAGUGGCCUCUGAGGGAUGAGGAGACACCUACCACUGUUCCACGAGAUGUGGAGAUGGAGAUCAUCCGACGGAUCAACCCAGACCUGACAGUUGAGAAUCUGGCCCGGCAUACAGCCGUGAUGAAGCGGCUAGAGGAGGAGAAGGCUCAGAGAAGCAAAGCUAACUCGUCGGCUCAACAGAGCACUCGCAGCAAACGCAGCCGUAGUCACCGCAAGGCCCAACAGGGCAAAUCCUCGCGAUCCCACAGCAAAACACGUGCCUCUAGAGGGGAACGGUCUGAAGGCUCCAACCUGGAUAUAUCAUAUGACAGGGACUACAGGUUCUACAGCUCCUCUCUGGUGCGUUCUCCAAGAGAGACAAUGAUGUCCAUGGAGAGGAAUAGGGGAAAAUACAUGGUGCAUAGUAACCCAAACAUUGUGGAGUCACACUUUACUACAGCACCAGAGUGGGACGUGUCAGGAGAGCUAGCUAAGAGAAGGACAGAGAUGCCCUUUCCAGAACCAUCCAGAGCGCAGUCACAUUCCAAAGUCCAUCGCAGCCACAGCCACACCCAGGAAAGGAAAUCGCGGAAUGAAAGGUCAGAUAAGGCUAAAGAGAGGUCACGCUCCAUGGACAAUUCCAAGGGUCCUCUAGGAGGACCCUUCUUAGGCACUGUUGAUGACUAUGAGUGCAGUCCAGAUGACCGGAAUCGGUAUUACACUGAUGAUGGGACUUUGAGGGCAUCUGCCCAGAAGGGCCACUACACUCGUGCUAUGCACUCUGCUGCUAGGUUGAACGCUGACAUUUGUGUGCCUGAUGUUGGGAGGGGGGCCCCUGAGGAUGCCAUGCACUGUAGAACGCUGGAGAAGAGUAAAAGCAAAGACUGUUUAACGGCCUUUACUGAGCUCAAGGCCUGCUCCCUAAAAACACCUGUGGAUGACUAUUUCCAGCAUACAGCAGUAAAUGAGGCAUCCUACUCUGCUCCUUCUUCUAUGGUAAAAUCCAACCAUGAUUUUACAGAUGGUGUUUGGAAAGGGAUUCCUUCUGAACAUACAGCUCCAAUUCUGACCUCACCUCACCCCGUAGAAUAUAAUGACGAUUCGACAAUGGGACAGAACAGUAUAGCAUUAUCUGUGUCUAACCAGAUGCCGGAGCCUUUGCCCAAUGGACGCUUGAUGCACCAACACAACCCUGACUCAGGUGACUUGGACAAAAUGGCAGAGGUUUACAGCCAAGAGGCUUUGUUCAAACCUGUGGACUAUGUGGAAAGUAGUUUCUCCAGACCAGGUACGAUACGGAAAUCUCCACACACAAAGUCCAUGGAGGUACUGGAGAACCAGAAACACUUUGAGGAUCCUCUUCCAUUGUCUGUACCAUCAUCGUCUGGUCAAGAGCAGGCCUCGUGCAUGGAAACCACCUUCGACUACUACAAUGUAUCAGAUGACGACUCUGAGGACACCAGCCAUAAGAACAAAGUGGAGGAGAAAGUUCUGGAAGGUGGUGGGACGAUGAAGUGGCUCCUGGAGCGGGAGAAGGAGCGAGACCUCCAGCGCAAAUUUGAAAAGAACCUCACCUUUCUCAGUCCCAAAGAGGGUGAAAGCAGCAACAGCCAGAAGUCGGCCCACUCCACACGUCUAGACAGCAUGGACUCCAGCAGUGUGACUGUGGACAGUGGAUUUAAUUCCCCACGCACUCGCGAGAGCCUUGCUUCCAACACAUCAAGCAACGUGGACAAUAACCGGCGGCAGAACAUGGCUCUGAGUCCCAGGCACAUGGGCGGCAAGAGACCCCCGCCUCCAUACCACGUACCUGCUUUCCAGCCGGUUCCAGAGCCACCCGCCGCUCGUCCAGAGAAACAAGCCUCAAUUACCAGCGUGUAAACAAGGAACUGGAGCAUGGAGGAAAGGACAACUCAUUAAACGUACUGAAGCAUUGUCAAAUAAAUUGAAACACACCCAUUAAAAACGACAUUAUUUUAGGUACCUUGGGAUUGGUUUAAAAAAAAAGCUUCAUAAUGACUGUUGCUGUUUGUUGUAUGAAACUGCUCUAAUUUUUUGAUUUAAAUAAGUUGAUCUAAGGAACUACGGGUCUCCGUAACCUUUGCAGAUUUGCCUCCGACAACUUGUUCUCGACCGUGUUCAGUGUUGAUUCUCUACUCUCAGGUCAAUCAUAGUUCCACACCUUGUUCUGCGAAGAUAGACUCUUUAGAGAACUUUAGAGCUAUUUCUCACAAGUGCAGUCCUGUGCACCUGCUCUCGAGACCGGUUCUCUCAGUGCCCUUCACGAUCCGGAUCCGAUUCAGACACCUUGGUCAACAAAAUCCUUUUUCUGUUUAUAGCUGAAUUGUCGCCAAACCAAAAAAAAAGAAAGAAAAAAGAAAGGAAUAUUUUCAUACAUACGCAUCAAGCAUCCAUUGUAUAAAAACCCUAAGAAAUUCAUACAAAUUUUGAUACAACAGGUGCUAUUCUUCUCUUGGCUAAAAAUGAAUUGCGUAUCUAGGACAGGACAGAGAUCUGGAUGCUCUCCACCAGCCGUUGAUUUUUUUUUUCUUUUCCUUCUUUCCUUUUUCAAUUUUCUAUUUUAACCCGGUGCUCUGAACUACUGAACAAGAUGACAGAAAAAAAAACACACACUGCUACCUCCACACUUUGGUAUGAUGGCUAAUAGUGACACGGAUGGCGUUUCUUCCAUUUGGUCAAGCCCACGGUUAGCAGCUUGCAAACUGUGAACAAGCUGUGGGCGCUUUCUGAGCUGAGACAGAUGGUGAAGGUGCUAAUGUUACCCACAAUAAAGUGCUAGAAAUCUAAUUUACAAUUCUUUGUGACUGUGGACUUUAAAAAAAAUACAGGACUUCUUAAUCAUCUGGAUUUGGUUUGAAUAGCUAUAAGACUCUCUUUAUCUUACACUUUCUAUUUAAUUUGGCACACACAUUUAUCCAGCUUACAAUUUUCCUCUUACUCCAAUGCAGGCGAUCAGCUAAGCCAUGUUUGGUGUCUUAACAUUUGCUUCUUAGGUAUUGCACUGGAGGCUAAAGUAGCUAACAAUGUUGAGGUGUUCGGUAUCUAAAAUGUGGUUUCUGACACUGUAUGAUACAUUGUUAUCUAUUAAAAUGGACAAAAGGACAACAUCGAGCUAAAAACAGCCUCAGCAGCCAUUUUGUUUCUUAGCACUUAAUUUCAUAUGUUCUCAAGCCUGUAGGUUAGAAUCAGAUGAUUGUACACACUGCCAGUGAAAAGCUUCUGAGCAUGAAUGUUUUAUGACAGCUCACCCAGCAUCUCCACUUACAUGAGGAAAAAAAUUAAUUAGCAAGUGUUCAGUCCAGUAACUACACGUUUGUAUUUAAGGAUAUGUUUAUUGGACAUGCUCAGAUUGUAGUGGGACUAUACAAUGGCAAGAAAAAGUAUGUGAUACCUUUGGGAUUAGUUGGUUUUCUGCAUUAAUUGGUCAUAAAAUGUGAUCUCAUUUUUAUCCAAGUCACAAGUAUAGACAAACACAACGUGCUUAAGCCAACAACACACAAACAAUUAUAAUCAUUCGUGUCUUUAUUGAACACAUCCCAUUAAACAUUCACAGUGCUGUGGAAAAAGUAAGUGAACACAGUACGGUACUUAAUAGCUGGUCAAUCCUCCUUCAGUAGCAAUAACCUCAACCAAGCAUUUCUGGUAGCUGUGGAUUAGACCUGCACAACGUUCACAGGAAUUAUUAUAUUCUUAGGGUAUAUUGUGUGAACAGCUCUAUUGAGGUCAUUCCACAGCAUUUCUAUGGAGUUGAGUUUUGGGUUCUGACUGGGCCAUGCCAAAAGGUGCAUUUUCUUUCUUUCUUUCUUUCUUUCUUUUUUGAAGCCAUUCUGUAUUGGAUUUACCUUAAUGUUUAGGUUCAUUGUCCAGCUGCAUCACCCAACUUCUACUGAGCUUUAGCUGGUGUACAGCCACCCUGAUAUUAUCCUGUAGGAUAUGUUGAUAAACUUGAGAAUUAAAUUUUUUUCCCUCAAUGAUUACAAGUAGUCCAGGCCCCCGAAGCAGCAAAGCAGCCCCAAAUCAGGACAUUCCCUCCACCGACUUAGCUGUUGGGACGAUGUUUUCAUGUUGGUAUGCGGUGCCAUUAUUAUACCAUGCAGUGCUGUGUCUUCUUUCCAAACAACUCGACCUUAGUUUCAUCAGCCCACAAAACUUUUUCCCAUUAUCGUUGUGGAGUGUCAAGGUCUUUGGCAAACUCCAGGCGUGCAGAUGUCCUGCCAUGGACACCAUGCCUGUGUAAUGUUUUCCGUAUAGUAGAUUCAUGAACAGAGACGUUAACCAGUUCCAAUGAUUUCUUCAAGUCAUUAGCUGUCACUCUAGGGUUCUUUUGUACCUCAUUGAGUAUUCUGUGAUGUGUCUUUGAGACAUCUUGGCUUUGCAGCCACUUCUAGGGAGAGUAGCCAGAGUACUAAAUUGUCUCUAUUUAUAGUCAGUUUGUCUAACAGUGGACGGAUGAAUAUCCAAGGUCUUUCAGAUAUCUUUGUAACCCUUUAGAGCUUUAAGCAACUCAACAAUUCCUGAUCAUAGGUCUUCUGAGAUUUCUUCUUUUGCAAGGCAUGGUUCACAUCAGCAGAUGCUUCUUGUGAAUAGCAAAGUUAAAAUGUUUGAGUGUUUUUUAUAAGUCAAAGUCGUUCUAACCCACAUUAAUGGUCUCAUUAAUUGGACGCCAGGUUUGCCAACUUCCAACUCUAAUUAGCUUUUGUUGAAGUCAUUAUCCUAGGGUUUAUAGGCACAUACGUUUUCCAACUUUUUACUGUGAAUUUCUUCAUCAUAUAUUUAAUAUGUACAAGCACAAUACAACAAUGUGUGUUAUUAGUUAAAACAGAUUGUUUGUUUGUUGAUUACUGUAACUUAGAUGAAGAUCAAACCAAAUUUUAAGACCAAUUUAUGCACAAAUGCAGGUAAUUCUAAAUGGUUCACAUACUUUUUCUUGCCACUGUAUGCAGGUGCUUUAUAUUAAAAAAAUGAAGCAGUUAUUGUAAGCCUAGGUUUGACUUUGUUAGACAGUGAUCAAAUCAACUGGAUCAACUGUAAGGCUAAUUAAUAUAUAUGAUGCCCCCCCCCCGGGUGUUUCAUGCCCCGAGUCCCCUGGGAUAGGCUCCAGAUGUCCCGUGACCUUGUGUAGGAUAAGUGUGUGGAUAUUUCAGGUCAGGAAAAUCUGCAGAAUUCAGAAAUAUAUAGAAGAAAGGUUUUCCCAGAAAUCCACACUAAUAUAAAUGAUACCAAUAAAAUUAAAAGAUGCACACUUCUCAGUCCUUAACAAAAAUGUAAAAAAAAUUAAAAAAUUACUCAAAAGGGUUCAAAAACUUUUGACCAGCAGUGUAGCUCCUAUUUGAUUGGUAUAUUAUGUAUUUUUGUUAUUAAUAUGAUUUCUGAGCCAAACAUGCUUAUUCGUCCUUUACUUCUUCAGCCUGAAAACCUUUUUUUAAAUUUUUUUUUAAGGUCACCAAACAUGUUUGUACUGACUACAGUUAUGGGGAAAGUAUUUUUUUUCUGGGCUUUUUUUUCCUCUUUUUUUUUUGCUGCACUAUUUCUUGCAGGGUUUUUCACAUGGCCCACAGUGACUCCCUGGCAGUCAUGGAAUAUUAACUUAAACCAAAACCAAAUAAUUUUCACACGUGUAGUCAUAUUAUUCCCCUUUAAUCCUUCUAUAAUCAUCCAGAUUCCUGAACACUGCUAUACUAAGCCUUUUAAAGAUCCAUUUGAAGGAGUGUAAGUUUAAUUUAAAACAUUUCCCUAAUCUAUUCGCCAUGUGUGUCAGAGAGACGAGUCCAAUGCUCUGCAUUCUGCUUCCUAACACACACACACUGAAACGUGACUUUCCUGAGAUAACGGAGAGAACAUUGGAGAGAAUGGCGAUUUUAAAACGUUUGCACUAAAUGCCUGAUGUGUAAUGGCUGUAAACAAGACCAACUAACAGACGAACCAUCCAAGAUGGAUGCUGUGUUUAUACUGAACAUAUUUCACAUGAAAUGUGGAUAGUCCAUAAGAUGUCUUCCCUUAUCAUGAUGGGUUUCUUAGCGUUCUUGAAGACAUUAUUCCUCAUUGUGACGUUACGUCGAGCUGUAAGAGAUGUUUAUGUCAUACUCAGUAUAAUAACUUCAAAGAGGGAUUUUUUUUGUAAAGCCUGUAAUAUUGAAAAGUCCCUACUUGUGUAGUUGUGGUGUUAAAUGUUUAGUGUAUAUGAUUUCCCCGCCCCUCGGGGUAUUGUGUAACUUUUUAAGACAAUAAAAUAACAAACAAUCACUAACUUGGUGUGAUCUGUUGAUGCUGAACUUGUGUUUUG